AUGGCAUCUAGCGAGGCCCAACACGAGUCAGCCGCUUGUGCGGACGAAGCAUCUCAUGUUUCCCCCCAAUGUUCUGGGUUUCUGCAGACAUUCAGGGACGAGCGCGUAGGUCAAGCAGCAUCAGCGGAGCAGCAGCACCCCUGUCAGAAACCUGAGCCUGACCGCCUGGGCGUGCUACCAAAACCCAGAGAGAAGCCCAAAUCGCCGCCGCUGCCGCCGUACGGCUACCGGCAGCAGCUGCAGCAGCGCACAUUUAAACUCGACUUCGAGAGAGAAGUCAGCCGCACGAAAAUGGUCACCCUGCAGACCCCCAGGAUGCAGCAGCGCGGGUUCUGGUGCGACAUUUGCGAGUGUUUCUGCAAGGACUCACAGGCCUAUUUGGAUCAUAUUAGGGGCCGCAACCACAACCAGCUUCUCGGCGGGUAUUCUUUUCUGCGUUUGUUUGCAUGCCGGGCUGCCCCCAGGUGUCAAGCUGUAGGCAGCGCGGCAGACGAUGGGGACUGGGUUGGAGCCCCAAACCCAAAGUCAAAAGCGAAUGUGCGUGUAAAACAGCAGCAGCAGCAGGAAGGAGGUGCUCAGGGAAUGUCAGGGGGAUUCGGGGCCCUUGCGGGCGGCGCAGGAGCCGAAGGGAGGGCUGCGGAGGCGGAAGAUGAAUUUGAAAGGGUCAAGCGACUCCCAGAAGAACACCAGAGGGAGCAAGAGCUGAAGACGCGUAAAAAGGAAACGAAGAGAGCUGCAGCUGCCGCUGCAGGCGGGAUCACGCCAGCAGCAAAAGCAGCAACACCGGCAAACAGAGGGGUGGAAGCCAAUCCGGACGCCGCUGGCCCAGCAGCCGUGGGGUUGCCGACUUCCUUCAGUGGCUGCUACUCAACUUAUGAAUGCGGCAUCAGCUCCAGCAGCUAUAGCGGCUGCGGCGGGUGCAGCAGCUGCAGCUGCUCUACGCUACAAUUUGGCCAGGUAUGGUCCGGUGUUACGUUGAGGUCGCAGCGACCCACUAAAGUUUGA